UAACCCGUGUUGUCAACUCAUUCAGAAAAAUGUCACCUGCUGUCGUCUAUACGCGUUGACAGAGUUGGAGGCAAAUCGAUUUGUAAGAACAAGAUAUUUUGAUCCGACAAAUGUCACAGACUUGUCAAACAGAAACACUGCUGUCUACGUCAGAAACUACACAAAUCAAUAUGAUAAGUAACGAGAAGACUCGGGAUGCUGAACUUGGGCUGGUUGAUGAUGCAAAAGUUAUAAUAGCAAAGCAACCAGAAACCAGUGGCAUGUUGAAGUACGUCAGUUUGGUAUUGUUGGCCCUUCAAAAUACCCUACUCAUCCUGACGAUGAGAUAUGUUAGGACUCAAAAGGGGGACAUGUUCAUGUCUACUACUGCUGUUGUCAUGUCCGAAGCAUUCAAAGUGUUGGCAUCUUUAGGAAUAAUACUAUACCAAGAAGGAAGCUUUAAGAAAUUUGUCCAGCAUCUGGUUGAUAAUAUAAUCAAACAGCCUAUGGAUUGUGUGAAAGUCUCAAUUCCAUCCAUUAUUUACGUAUUACAGAAUAAUCUACUGUAUGUUGCUGUGUCUAAUUUGGAUGCUGCUACCUACCAGGUUUCAUAUCAGCUGAAAAUUUUAACCACAGCUGUCUUUUCUGUGUUCAUGUUGAAGAAACAAAUUUCAAAGUUGCAAUGGACAUCACUUGUCAUUCUUUUUAUUGGUGUGUCAGUUGUACAAUUACAGCCAACUGAAUCCAAACAGAAAGCACCACCAGCUGUAGAACAGAAUCCAAUGUUAGGCUUCAUCUGUGUUGUCAUAUCAUGCUGUAUGUCAGGGUUUGCAGGAGUGUAUUUUGAAAAGAUUUUAAAAGGAACCAAAGGAUCCGUUUGGUUACGAAAUGUACAACUCGGAGGUCUGGGUGUAGUGAUAGGAUUAAUUACCAUGGAAAUUAAUGAUGGGACAAAAGUGACAGAAAAGGGAUUUUUCCAUGGCUACCAUAGUAUUGUUUGGUUUGUUAUAUUUUUACAAUCGUUUGGAGGGUUAUGUGUAGCAGUGGUAGUUAAAUAUGCAGACAAUAUAUUAAAGGGUUUCGCCACAUCGGCCGCCAUUAUUUUAUCAUGUAUAGCAUCUAUAUACUUUUUCGAUUUCCAAUUAACAUUGCAAUUUUCAUUGGGUGCUUCGUUAGUUAUGUAUUCUGUUUAUAUGUAUAGUAGAUAUCCUGUUGGGGCCUCUACAUCAACUGAUGUCAAGGUCAAUAUCAAAUGACUUUAGUUGCGUUUAAGUUUGAAUUUUAAAGUAUGAGUGCAGGUAUUCACAUUGUAAUUGAAAUAAUUCUACUAUACUAUACUGUUUUACAAAAUUUGACAAUCAAAGUGGAGGUAUUUUAGUUAUUAUAAUUUUUGUAAUGUCACAGCCCGUAACAAUUAUAAAAGUAUUUGUGAGAAAAAAAACCUGCUGUCAGAUAUAUAUUUUUCAAAGGAUUUUUUUUUCUGUAUUGUGAGACAACAGCUUUAUUCAAUUCCUAAUAUAAAUACGUUAUUGAUUUUCCAAAAUAUUGUUUCAAAGUAUAUUAGGUAAAGAUCUUUUAUUUAUACUUAUAAACAUUUAUAAGUUUGUUUAUAACAGAUAUAAGAUCCAAACAAAACAGUAUUUAUUAUCUUAAACAUUUUGCAUAUAAAACAUUUUUAACUCUAAUUCAAUCAUUAAUUUAAAUAGUUCAAUGUUUUAAGCUAUAAUGAUAAACCUUGUGCAGUUUGGUCAUAUUGACUAUCGCCCAUUGCUUAAGAAUAGACAAAUAAAGAAAAAGUUAUUUAAAAAUGUUAUUUACAUUUUUUUAAAGAAUUAAAUACAAAUCUUUUCCAACCUACUAACAACCUAGUCAACCAACCAACAUAAAUACACAAAUGUAGUUUCUGUAAUUGUGAUAGCCAAUAUUGACAAAAUACAAAAAAAAAGAAAAAUGUCAUGCUGGCCAGUAUAACAAAUCUUUCUAUCUGACCUUAAUUCAAUGUAUUGGUCAAACUACCUGACAGAUGAAAGUAACAAAAUUGACUGAUAUCAAAAGCUACAUAACAGUACUCUUUGCAUUCAAUCUUUAUGAAUUUAACAUUGGACAUUUAUAUGUCUUGUCAGAUUUGUUACUGAGUGACAAAGAUGGCAACUAGAAAUAGAACUAAAGUCAAAUAUAAGUUUAUUAAAUAUUAGAUUAUUUGUAAUGAAUAAUGAAUUACAAAAAAUAGUCUUAGGGAUAAUUCCUGUUAAAGUAAAAAAAUUACAGUUACAGGUAACAACUUUUGAAAGUAGAGUUAUCUCCCUUAGUAGUCCAGAUAUUAUCUGUAAUAUUUUCUUCUUGUUUUAUUUUUUUGCUUGACUGCAUUACACAUAUAGAGUGUUUCAUUGGUUGUCUUUACUAUUUAUAAAAGUACAAUUUAAUGGUCAAUGAAAGUUUUUUAUUACAGCCUAUUUUAAAGUUCGAACUAAUAUAAAAAUAAAUUAAGCCAACCAAAAAUUUACUUGAAUAACUAUUACACUGACUGAAAUUGCAUGUUUAAAUUAAAUAUUUUCAUCAUGUUAAAUUGAAUAUUGUAGUUCAGUUUAUCAGCUGACAUAUCCAUGCAUGUCUAUAGAUAUUGAUAUCAAUUUACAGAUGCAAGGUGAGCCGUACAAAAAUUGCUUAUUGUGUAAUAAACCGCUGUAUAUAUAAUUAUAUAUUGACAGAAAUCUCAGAUUAAAAAUUACCGAAUUAAUGUAUUUUAAUAAUAAUAUAUCUAUCCAAACAUUUAUUAGUCCCAUUAAUAUUUUUGUUAUUGAAUUUUAUUGUUGUUUUUAGUAAUAUAUAUACAUAUA